AGAAAGAAUGAAAGCGCAAAGGAGAAUGUGGUGAUGUAUGUGACAACACAGGCAUCCAGGAAAGUCUUAUCUGAUGACCUCGAGGGGAAGCGGUCUACUUCAUGGGGUUGUCUUCACGUUCUGAGGAUCUUUGGGUUGUAAAAAUACAUAAAGUAAUUCAUUUCAUAUUCAUUUUUUAUACAGGUACAGAGCUAUCAACAAGUGGAAAUGAGAGGUGUCCCUGUGUUAUGUGCUUUUCCAAACAUGUGCCAGGAGAUUCUGUGGAUCUUGGAAACAACUCUACUGUGGGAAAACUCAAGAGGAAAAGAGGAAGAAAGAAAGGGUAUUCCUGGCCAAGAAAUAAAAGGAAGUGGCCGAGAAACAUAUAUCGAAAACGGCCUAGAAAGUACGUCAAAGAAAGUGUGAAUUUUCGCUCUCAAAUACUUCCUGUGACCUGUGGUGAGCUGAAGGGAAUGUUAUAUAAGAGGGUAUUGAAACAAGGUACCAUCAAAAAGUGUAUACAGAGUGAGGAUGGAAAUUGGUUCACCCCUAGGGAAUUUGAAGUCAAAGGAGGCCGUGCAACAUCAAAGAAGUGGAAGCAAAGUGUGCGCUGUGGUGGGAGGCCCCUAGAAUGGCUGAUGGAGAAAGGAUUUCUAUAUAAUCCUCCAAGAAUAUAUAGUAGGAGAAAAAAGCAGAGAAUACCGAAGUCUCAUGACAAUACUUCAGUAGACCCUUGUGCGGGAAACUCAGAUCUAUGUGAGAUCUGCCUGGAUGGAGGAAAGCUCUUCUGCUGUGACACAUGUUCGAGAUCCUUUCAUGAGGACUGUCACCUCCCACCUGUGGAAACUGAGAGGAGCCCGUGGAGUUGCACCUUCUGCAGGAUGAAGGAGUGUUCAGGAAGUUCGGAGCGCCACAGGGAAGCUGAGGUCCUGGAGAGGCAGAUGGGGCCUGUGGAGCAGCUGAAAUGUGAGUUCCUCCUCUUGAAAGUCUAUAGCCAUUCAGAAAGCUCAUUUUUUGCGAAGAUUCCGUACUAUUAUUAUGAUGAAAAGGCUUCUCAAAACAUAAAGGAAUCCAUGUGGUUGAACAAAAUCACCAAGAGGCUAAAUAAACGGGGUUACCCCCAGGUGGAGGGGUUUGUGCGGGACAUGCGCCUCAUCUUUCAGAACCACAGGGCAUCUUACAAGUACAAGGACUUUGGCCUAAUGGGAAUUAGACUGGAGGCAGAAUUUGAGAAGCAUUUCAAGGAAGUGUUUGCUAUUCAGGAUGCAAAUGAGAACAGUUCACUGGUGUAGUGAAUGCUGUCGGUACUCUGGAAAUCCCCUUUUUGGGCAGAAUUCUCCCCUCCCAGCUGCUGUGAGAGUUUCCUGCUGAUGCCACCUCCCCCCAGAGUAUUGCAUUGUACCAAAUGGAGCCUCCUUCACCUGGAGGGUACCCCUCCUUGUCCUGAGGUCCAGCCCCAAGUCCCAGCGUGGAGCCAAUGACUGAUAAAGACUCACACUCCUGCGCUCUCCACUGGGGUCAGACUGGAGCUAGUCUGCAGCUUGACCACAUCCUUGCUUAGCUUUCCCACCAUGCUAUCCUGCUCCCUUCUCCCCUCACCUCUUGAGAUAAUCACAAUAAAUCACUUACUUAGGAGAUUUCA